AUUGGACCUCUGAGUUUUCUAAGGUCCUAAGUGAAAAUACUGAAGAUUUUUUAUUGGAAAAUGACUUUGCAUUAUCAAUGGCACAACUUGAAUUUAAUCGUCCAAAUUAUCAAUCUGAAGCCGAAAUUUAUCGAUUAAUUAAGAAAUUUCAGGAUGAACAAAAAAAUUUCGGAGAAACUAGACCAAUUCCAGUUCUUACAUAUUUUGCAAAUGUCAUUAAGAAGAAUGAUAUUAAAUAUAUGCGUGAGUUUGCACGUCAAGCUGACGUUUUCUUUAAGGAUUAUCUUAUUUCUUUGGCCCAUGGAAUAAAAAAUAAUUCAGCUGAGAGUGACGGCUCAUUAGUCUUAAAAAAAUUAUAUGAUAUUGACAAUAAGCAACUCGAAAAAGCAUAUAAUAUUUGGAUACGUGAAGGUGAAGCAAUUCAGAUACUAGAGGGUGUAUCGCUUAGAACAUUAAAUUCCGAUUUUCUUUCGUCUGUAUUGAGCCAAAUAAUGUCAAACUCUAAACGGCAGUUGGUAGUUCUCUCAGUCAUUGGACUUGAAAGUUCCGGAAAAUCUACUUUGUUAAAUUAUUUGUUUCAAUGUGGAUUUUCAACCUCUGCUGGACGGUGUAUAAAGGGUGCAUAUAUGUCAUAUCGGCAUACCUUGUAUAAGGAAAAAGAGUUGGACGUUUUAAUCAUAGAUUCUGAAGGAAUGGGAUCCACGGCAGCAAAAUAUAUCUCGAGACGUACAGAUUUCGAUAA